CGUGAAUUGGGAUCACAUGAGCGCCAAGAAGAAGGUGCAAAAGCAAAUGGAGUUCUACUUGAGCCCGUCGAACCUGCGGCAGGACAAGUUUCUCCAGCAGAAAAUGCAGCUACACGACGACGGCUUCAUCGAGAUCGACGUCUUUCUCUCGUUCAACCGCAUCAAGUCCCUUGGUGCAACGACACGCAUGCUCACUGAAGCAAUCCAGAAGUCCUCGAUGUUGAUCCUCAACGACGCAAAGACCCACGUCCGACCAAGGGAACUUCCCGCUGCGGGGGAAGAUGACAGUCUUGUUCGGACCAUCUACAUAGAGAACUUUCCAUGCGGAUCUGACCACGAUAGUCUCAGACGUAUGUUUGCACCCUUCGGAAAGGUCAACUUGGUCAGCAUGCCUCGAUUCCCUGGGUCUCAAAAGUUCAAAGGGUUUGCGUUUGUCGAGUUUGCGGCACCCGAAACAGUUGACGCAGUGUUGUCCGUACUGAAGCAACCACCUCGCGACGGCCAUCCCGACUUGGCUGGCAUAAAAGGCAUGACCAAGUCCAAGUGGCUUCAGUUACGAAAUAGCCUCAAGGAACGAAUGCACCAUAACUCGGCCCAAACUACGUCAGGAACAUUGAGACAAGCGGUGGAAGCGGCGGCCAAGGCACCUGGGGCCAAUGUCGACUUCUUCACGCGUGGGCUAUUGAUUCAACUGUCCAACAUCCCGGCGGACACAUCUCGGAAAGAGAUCAAAGGCGCGUUGGAAGCCGUGGCUCCCGUGGCAUUCCUGGAUGAUGCCAAGCUCAAAUUUGGUGGCGACAUUGCGUUCGCACGCUUCCUGUCGACGUCACACGCCCAACGAGGUGCACCACACAACGUUUUCCUUGAAAGCAUUUGCUAACGCUAACGAAUUUCAGUGCUUGACACAUUCAAGCGAGCUCCUUUGACUCUCAAGGGGAACGACAUUGUGAUCGAUCUCGUGACUGGAGAGAGCGAGGUCGCGUACUGGACGGCGCUUGUCAACCAUGCCGCGAAAGCGACCGAGGCAUCUUGUACGCCCGCCCAGACCAAGCUACCCAAGACACCACCGACGACAACCCAUGUGCUCUUCGACGACUCCGACGAGGCGGCUCCGAAGCGACAGAAACUUGUGCAUUAAGAUUGAUUUAUAUGCGAAAGCAUGCCGUGUCAAUGUGCUCGACGUUAUAUGUGUC